CAACCCCCAAACUUUCACUUUCUGCUUUGAGAGAUGAUGGACCCGAAGUUCGCCGGAAAGUUCUCGCCGGCGCAGUAUUUAGUGGGCCGGACGGACCUAGACCAGAUGCCCGACACCCCAACUCGCGGGUCCCGCCACCGGCGGACCCAAUCGGAGACGUUUUUCCGGUUCCCGGACUUGGACGAUGAUAUCAUGCUCGACGACGUUGUCGGAGACUUCAACCACGACGCCCUCGCUGCCGACGCCGCCAUGCAGCCGGAAAACUCGGCCGACUCGUCCUCCGCCGGGCCGCCGCGAUCGGCCGGGCCCGCGUUUGACCAUAAGGCGGCGACCCAUUUCCGCAGUCUUUCCGUUGACUCCGACUUCUUCGAUGGGCUGGAGUUUGGUGGGUCGGCCGCCGCCGGCGGAGCGACCACGCCGGUCUCGUCGGAGAAGAUGGCGGCGAUGGGUCCGGGCCCACGCCACAGGCAUAGUAGCUCGAUGGAUGGGUCUUUCGCUACGGCGUCGUUUGAGGUCGAUUCCAUCUCGGAGAAGAAAGCUAUGGAAGCUGAUAGACUUGCAGAGCUCGCCUUGAUUGACCCUAAGAGAGCUAAAAGGAUUCUAGCGAACCGGCAAUCUGCAGCGCGUUCAAAGGAGCGAAAGAUUCGCUACACAAAUGAGCUGGAGAGGAAAGUGCAGACACUGCAGACCGAAGCAACUACUCUCUCUGCACAGAUUACUCGCCUGCAGAGAGAUACUUCUGGACUGACUGCUGAGAACAAAGAACUCAAACUGCGGUUACAGGCUUUGGAACAAGAAGCUCAUCUUCGAGAUGCUCUAAACGAAGCUCUGAAGGAUGAAUUGCAGCGGCUUAAGAUAGCAGCUGGGCAGGCUCAAUCUGCCAAUGGGAACAGCAUGAACAGGGGACUGGGCCCUCAACUUCAUCCGCAAUCACAGGCCUUUGCUCACUUUGGCAACCACGAAGCGCAGCAGCUUCACAUGCCUCGUCCCACCACGAGCAUGCCAAAUGUCGGUGGGCAUCCCCAGCCUGGCUUCCUGGAUUUCAAUCAGAGGGCUUGAUUACAAUCUGAAGACUAUAGCUACAAUUAAUGUAUCAUAUAUAGCUUCAUAUAUAAGUCAUAUAGAUGAUGCUUGCAUAGAGUUGCUCUAAUCAAUUAGUUGUGUCUAUUACUAAUAGCAGCUUGUACCAAUCUGAAGGGUAGAGGUUCUGUUAAGAAUUUCAUUCACAUUAUAUAUAUAUCUUUCAAUAAUAAACAAUCAACUUGCUGAGAAAAGUUGAAAAUUGAAUCAAA